UGUAUUAUACAACUGGUGAUGGGGCUCUUCAUCAAGCUGUACUCAGUUGUUGAUUAAAGAGACAGUAUUGCCUCUGUUGGUGAAGCGGUCAAACUGUUUCAUCAUGGCGCUACUGACACUCAUUUGUUUGCUCGGUGGAGUGAUAUACGGCUCAGUAGCGGUGGAUGGUCGUGAAUUUCCCUCGGAGUUCAAGUUCGGUGUUGGCACAUCUGCGUAUCAGAUCGAGGGUGGUUGGAACGAGGAUGGAAAAGGUGAAUCAAUUUGGGACCACUUCACUCAUCAUCGUCCGGAGAUGAUUCUUGAUCGAGAAACCGGUGACGUUGCAUGCGAUAGCUACCAUUUGUGGCGGAGAGAUGUAGAGAUGGUGAAGGAGCUGGGAGUGGACGUCUAUCGCUUCUCCAUUGCCUGGAGUCGCAUUAUGCCGGACGGACUGAGCAACAGUGUCAAUACCAAGGGGAUCGACUAUUACAACAAUCUUAUCAACGGGUUGUUGGAGAGUGGCAUUCAGCCGGUAGUUACUUUGUAUCACUUUGAUUUGCCACAGCGAUUGCAUGACUUGGGAGGAUGGAUGACAUCUGAUAUUGUAGAUUAUUUUGAAGAGUAUGCCAGAGUAGCAUUUGAAAGUUUCGGUGACAGAGUUAAAAUGUGGACAACCUUCAAUGAACCGUGGCACAUAUGUGAAAAUUCGUAUGGCAGAGAUGGUCUUGCUCCAGCCACGAACAUUCCAGGUAUUGCGAACUACAUUUGUGGUCAUAAUUUAUUGAAAGCACAUGCUGAAGCGGUCCAUCUAUACUGGAACGAGUUUCGGGAGAAGCAAAAGGGAGUAAUUGGAAUAUCUCUGGACGCUCGGUGGUACGAACCUGCUACGAAGUCAUCUGACGAUCUGGAAGCUUCCGAUUGGGCUUUGCAAUUCCAUCUAGGAUGGUUCGCGCAUCCGAUAUACUCUACCGAAGGAGACUACCCGCAAAUUGUUAAGGACCGCGUAGCCAAUUUGAGCCAGGCGCAAGGCUAUGUGAAAUCCAGACUUCCUGUUUUUACCAUGGACGAAAUUCAUCGAAUAAAAGGCACUGCAGAUUACUUCGGUUUGAACACGUACACUUCAAGGCUGGCAUCGAAGAAUGAUCACUCCAAUCCUGCCAACUUCAUUAUCCCAUCCAACGAACAUGACACGGGGGUGUUCUUGUCGGUAGACCCAAGCUGGUCAACAGCUUUCGUUCCGUGGCUGAGUAUUGUUCCCAACGGUUUACGAAAUCUCUUGGUUUGGGUGAAGGAACAGUACAAUAAUCCAACGGUUUGGGUGACCGAAAACGGAAUUGGGACAGUAGCUGGAACAGUGGAUCCUCAGCGGGUGGACUACUAUAAUGGUUAUUUGAAUGCCGUUCUGGAUGCAAUAGAAGAUGGCUGUGAUGUACGUGGAUAUAUUGCAUGGAGUUUAAUGGAUAACUUCGAGUGGAGAUCUGGGUUCACGUACAAAUUUGGUUUAUACUACGUUGACUUUGGAGGCCAAAAUCGCACAAGAUACGCGAAAAUGUCUGCAAAAGUGUACAAACGAAUCGUCGAGACCAGAAAGAUUGACGAAAGCUACAGGCCCCAACCUGAUGUGAUCAUCCUGGCAUCGGAUGGAAAUAGAAACUUCAACUGGAUAGCAAUCGGUGCAGCAGCUUGUGUUAUGUAUACUUUGAGAAAAAUGCUGACUCAAUAAAAAGACACCACAAAAUA